CGUAAUUCUAUUCUAACUUCAAUAUAGUUAAGUUCACCUACUAAAAUAAUCUUAUCUAUCUAGCUAAUUAACUUUACAUGAAUAGUUAUCAAAUACUUACCUCGUUUGCCCAAACUGAGUCGAUACGAUGUUGACCAUGUCCCCAAAGAAGUACCGGAUCGACCGGAGCGGGAUCAAUUGUCGCAGGUGGUAGUCUCAUCGAAUAACUGUCCAUAAGCCUAGGAACUGCAAAAGCAACAAAAACAUUAAUUAAAAAAAAACCAUCGGCGACGAGAUUCUCACCACAAAAACGGUCGCCAUCUCCACGACCUCGCCGACACUCCCCCUGCCUCUGCCGGAGAAUGCUUCCUCUUCGUCAGACGACAUCUGCUCUGUCGAACUCAGACGCUGGCGCCUCUGUCUGCGGCGGGGUCGCCUCUGUUAGCGGCGGGGUCGCCUGUGUCUGCGGCAGGGUGGCUUCUGUCUGGGGAGACGACGGCGUGGCGGUCUGGUUUUUCGGGCGAGAGUGGUGGCUGUUGGGGGAGGGGUGUGGAGGGAAGAAGAAGAAGAAGAAGAAGAUAAGAAAUGAGAGGUGGCCGCUAGGUUUUUAAAAAACAUGAGUGGUGGACGGCGAGGGCGCUGGAGACUAAAGCGCCGGCGCCUAGGACUGGUUUUAUAAUUUCAAAACGCGGCCCCGCCUUAAUCUAUGGCGGUCGCGCCUAUAACCCUACACAAAUACACAAUAUUUGUGUAAAUACAUUUUAAUUCGCCAUAUUGAUGGUAAAUUAAAAAAAAAGCAAUAUUUAUGUCAUUAACCCUUUGCUUGUCUAACUAGGAUUUUUAUUUUUUGUUUGUAAAGUGGUACUUUGUUUAGUUAAAAUUUUUGCUUUCUUGUUUUGUUUAUAAUUAUAGCUAAGUUUCAUUAGCAUCAAGUAAAAAUUAAGGCAGAGAUGGACGAUAAGUGGGUCAACAGUACUUUAACGUUGGGAUGGACAAUAAGUGGGUCAAUCGAUAGAUUCAUCCGAUUUACUCGAUUUUAACUCACCCAUUGCAUGUUUGCUGGAUGUGGUGGCCUGGUGGGUGGGUGUGGGUAGGGGUGGGCAACGGGACGGGACGGGAUACCCGUCUCGUUUUAAACGGGUACCCAGUCCCAUUUGGAGGCCAAAGUCCAUCCCAUAUCCCAAACCCAUAUGGGAAACGGGUACCCAUUACCGGUACGGGACGGAUAACGGGUACCCAUACUACCCAUAAAUACUCAAAGUUUAAACCACUCAAAUUUUAACAAAAGUUUAAACUUAACUUGUACUUGCUUAACAAUCACAAGACACAAAUCAUGAACAAUCACAACGCAUAGAAAUAAAUCAUUCUAAGCACCAAAUUAUCAAAUAAGAAGUUUCAUUCAACACAAAUCAUGAAUAAUCACAACGAUGUGCCUACGAAAAUUAGGGUCACCAAACUUCUCCAUCCAGACAAAGUCAUCAUACAUUGAGUGGUAUACAGGGUAACCUGCAUGCAUUCAGCUAUUGUCAGCACUCAGCAGGGUAGAAGGAAAAAUGUAACUGAUAAUUUCAAUGUUAAGGAAUCAUACACCGCUGAGGUUCCUUUAGCGAUUGAUGACUACUUUGAACUAUGAAAAUAAUCUAUGGUACUUCUUGGACAGGGAUGAGUUUAGGUUGCAUGUCACUGCAGAGUGCAGACUACAAGUAUUAUGUUCACAUAGCGUUCUUUGUUUCUUUACUAAGAAAAGUUUCAUCUCUGUGGCGAAGUGGACAUUCUCUUUCUAUGGAUUAGAGUUCGCAAAUGGGUAAAACGGGUACCCACAUUACCCAAACGGGUAUUUGCGGGUAACCCGCGGGUACCCAUAUUAGGAAUGUACAAUCCCAAGUCCCAUUCGUUUAUAAUAUUACGGGUAAUAUGGGUACCCGUAACCCUUAAAAAACGGGACGGGUACGGGUAUACCCAAAUACCCGUUUCCCGUUGCCCACCCCUAGGUGUGGGUAAUUGUUUUUGUCACCCACUAAAUGCGGAUGGGUAGCGGGUGGGUAGUGAGUGGUUCAUUAUCUGCAAAAUCACAUGAUAUAUUAAGUCGUUAAUACACAUUUUAUAAUAAC